AUGCCUGAGAAGAAAGCCCUUGGCGUUGAGGAUGAGGAUGAUGGUAGGGAUACACCAGUCACCCAAUCUGGACUCCCCCCUGCCGGUGAAUCGGACGAGCUAGACACGACUGCGUCAGAAGCUGAGGACCCAGCUCCAGUUGCCGGUGAUCACUUGGUCCAAUUGAAGGAGCGCGGCCCCCCAGUUCAAUCACCAACCCACACAGGCACGCCGGACGGCCCUCUGGUGGGCUUGACUUCUGGGAGCACCUCCGUCCGAGCGGACUUUGCCACCCCUGCCACACCAAUCACCCCACAUGGCCCCGCCGAGCCCGCGCGUACCCGCGAGGAGGCAUCAGAUCCCAAAGACGCCACCUCUGACGAAUCUCAGCCAUCCCAUUCAGCCAUUCUGCAAUCCGAGGUCGCCCCCAGUCAGGAGUUUUAA